GUAUAUAUCAAGUAUAAACGGACUCCGAUGGCUCUCUCGAAUUCUCGUUACCUUCUGUUGUACCUCUCCUUCUCGAUGCGUCCUCGUCUUCGCCCUCUCCUUCUUCUUCGACUCUCGAUCUAGGGUUUUUAUUUUCCUUUCCCUCGUUCCGAGCCCGUUCUCACCGCGCUCGUCGUCGUCUUCUUAUAGCUCGAGGGAUUUGGUGUCGGCGGCGCCAUGAAGCUCUCUUCCUGCGCUCUCCUUCUGUUGCUAGCGCUGGUGGGGGCGGCGGUGGCGGCGGCGGAGAAGGAGCGCGCGAACAAGUCGGCAGCGGCGGGAGGGCUCUUAUGGGCCACGGGAAAGGACGAGAACGAUUUGCUCACGGCAAUCGACUCCGACGACCCCUCCGCCGUGGAGGACGACGCCUCCGACGAGUUCGCCGGGGGUUUCUCCUCCCUCGACAGCAUGCUCCAGUGGGCUAUCGGUCAUUCUGAUCCUGUGAAGUUGAAAGAAAAAGCCAGUGAUAUUCAGAAAUUAUCUGCGGAAGAGUUGAUAAAACGGCAGAUAGAAAUAAAGGAGCUGAUGGAGAAGUUGAAGAUGCCAUCAGAUGCAGAGUUGAUGAAAAUUGCAAUUACUGACUUGAAUAAUUCUUCAAUUUCACUUGAAGAUCGCCAACGUGCACUGCAUGAGCUUUUAAUUCUAGUUGAACCCAUUGACAAUGCAAAUGUUUCAGAGCUUGACAAACUUGGCGGCCUUGUUGCGGUGAUUCGGGAACUUCACAACACUAAGCCAGAAAUCCGGACUACUUCUGCUUGGAUUCUUGGCAAAGCCAGUCAAAAUAAUGCACUAGUUCAAAAUCAGAUCCUUGCUUAUGGAGCAUUGCCCAGAUUGAUGAAGAUGGUGUAUUCGGCAAGUAGUGAAGAAGCUGUGAAGGCGUUGUAUGCUAUCUCAGCUUUAAUCAGGAACAAUGACAAUGGGCAGCAAUUGUUCUAUUCUGAGAAUGGAAACAUAAUGCUUCAGGACUUAAUAACCAACUCUAGUGUUGAUAUUCGGCUUCAGAAGAAGGCGCUCUUUUUAGUAGCAGAUCUAGCGGAUUUCCAGAUAGAGAAUUCAUAUGAUUCUAAACUUCCUUUUCUGAAUGAUCGCUUAUUCUUGAAGUCUGUAGUUGAUUUGACUUCAUCAGAUGACCUUGAACUUCAGGAAAAGGCUUUAUUGGCCAUCAGGAGUCUACUCCGACUCUCCUCAAGUGAGGCUUCGGAUUUCAAAGAUUUCUGUGGGCUGGAAUAUGCAUUAGAGAGGAUGAGGGAGCAACUGGAUAAAUUGACUACACAGGAGGAGCAUGGAGACUAUGCAAGGGACAUGGAAAGCCUUCGUACUGAAGUUCACAACAUCUUCCAUCAGAAGUUCGAGCAAGUUCCAACAUAGGCAUGAAAACUACUCCAUGACAAUACAAAAAUGAUGCAUCAUGUUUUUUAGGCAAAUAGCCAUUUUGUAAGAUAUAUUUAUAUAUUUUUUCAAGUCCUAAAAGGAGUGUUGGGUUGAUCGUGCUUGUGAUGUCGGCGUUGCGAUGUAGGCUCUUGUUCUAGAUGAGCAGGCAAGAGAGAGGAGAGGGAAGAAAAAGGGUUGUGUGGAUUGGUGACAUGGACUGAAAUGUUAUACGGGUUAAAAGAGGUGCACUUUAUUUUAUUUAGGGAUAAUUUAGGCGUACAGUAAAAUGGAAUCAGGAUAGAAAUAUCCGUAUUUUGCUCUGUUUU